GUUGAGGUGUGAAGAAACGGCUUUUGUCGUAAUUUGCCCACACUGCCACACUUGCAAACACGUUAGAAUUUGCCGUUACUUGUUGGCAGCUGGCAUGGACCACAUUAAAGAUGGGUGGUUUACGGAAUCGUGUGCGUUAUGGCCGGGGCAAGCGAUGAGCCUCCAGGUGGAAGAGGUUCUCUAUCACAAGAAAUCCAAAUUUCAAGAUGUUAUGGUUUUCAAAAGUAAAACCUAUGGUAAUGUCUUGGUGUUGGACGGAGUGAUACAGUGCACAGAGAGAGAUGAGUUUGCCUACCAGGAAAUGAUUGCCAACCUUCCCCUGCGCAGCCAUCCUUGCCCCAAGAAGGUGCUGGUUAUUGGCGGUGGAGAUGGUGGUGUGCUUAGGGAAGUGGUGAAGCACCCACUGGUGGAAUCGGUUGUUCUGUGUGAGAUAGAUGAGGAUGUCAUUAAUGUAUCAAAGAAGUUCCUCCCAGGAAUGGCCAAAGGCUUUUUCAGUCCCAAGCUCACCCUCCAUAUUGGUGACGGUUUUGAAUUCAUGAAGCAAAACCAGGAUGCCUUCGACAUCAUUAUAACCGAUUCCUCCGAUCCAGUUGGACCUGCAGAGAGUUUGUUCAAGGAGUCCUACUAUCAGCUGAUGAAGGCGGCGUUGAGAAGUGGUGGAAUUCUUUGCUCCCAGGGAGAGUGUCAAUGGCUUCAUUUGGAGCUGAUAAAGGAGAUGCAAACCUUCUGCAAGACCCUAUUCCCUGUGGUAGAUUACGCUUACAGCACCAUACCAACUUAUCCAAGUGGGCAAAUUGGAUUCAUGCUCUGCAGUAAAAAUCCUGAAACAAACUUUAAGGAACCAGUGAAAGCAAUGUCAAAAGAAGAAAUGGAGAGUAUGAAACUUAAGUAUUACAACCCUGAAAUCCACAAAGCAUCAUUCGUCCUCCCGGAGUUUGCAAGAAAGGUGCUCAGUGAAGCAUGACCAGCAAUGACAGACUGCCAUGUUCUUCCUCUACCUGGCCCUCACCCUCAAACCCACAGAUGUAAACAACCUCAUUCUACAACUUCUCCACUUCUAUCACCUCCUCAUCGCCCAAGAGAAAUCAGCUGGUGGGAACUUGCUGAGUAAUCUUGUCUCAGUGUUUCCCUCCUUUAGUCUUAUACACUAUUGUUUUUAUUUAUUUUUGUCAUGUAUUUUGUUUUUCAUUUUUAUCUGUAACUGUCUUAUCAACAUUGUUGUGGAGAGCAGUUCGAUGAGCUUGGCUGAUUGGGAAGAGUUUUGCCAUCAAACCGAAUCUCAUUCUGAAAUAAUUUACUAUUUGUAUCAACACAUUAUGCAAUAUGUUACAUAAGAGUAUAUAUACUGGUAUACUUGUAUGGUGUUUCUGCAAAUUUAUUUGUAGUGUUUAAUAUUGUAUAGUGCUCAUUAUAAGUCCUAUCUGUCAGGAGUGGAUAUUCAGGUAACUAAUCUGCAACACAAACACUAUAGUCCCUGGUACUAAUAGUGUGUUACAGAAAAAGGAAACUUGUCAGGUUUCUAUCAUAAUAUACUGGCAAGUAGUAUCAUACAUUAAAGCUCAGUUGUUAGAAAAUGACCCUUUUUAAGUAUGAUAAACUUAUAUCAAUUUAUCUGAUGCUCAGCUUUGAUCAUUACAGUAAAAUAUUCUAAUGUAGUGUUGUAAAGCAGAUAUAAAAAAAAAAAGGAAAAUUCAAGUAUGAUUAAGGAAAUUGACAAUGUUACACACAUUACAAGAUGGUAAUUAAUUUUGCAAUUACAGCUUGUUGAAUUGAGUAUUGUCCAGUGGUAGUAAGCCCACAGUAUUACUGCUGGAUGCUGAUGAUUUCUGUACAGUGGACAUUUUUAAGCUUCACUUUGGUUUAUGUGUUAAAUCUCUCUUGAGCCAUGGUAUCAUCCCAGACCUAUACAUUUGUGUUUUUAUAAGAAUUCAGAACUGUAAUAAAUUGAUAACACAAUUGA